AUGGGCAAGCCGUCAUCUACAUCACUCUCUAGAUGUUCUGAAUGCUCGCUGUAUUCCAAUAAGCAAAGGAACAAAGUGACAAUGAGUGCCUCUAAAAUGGAACAAAUGAGAAGACAGAAACAAAACCAUGUGCAGAAGAAUAUAAGUAAAGUGUUCAACAAGUUAAAAAGAGACUCCAUAGGUUCUAGAAGUUGUUUGUCAGUGUCUGAUACAACUGAUGAGAGUCCUCAGAACCUCACUAUUGUAGUAACAAAUGAUUCAUUCCUUCCUGAACGUAAACGGAAAAGCCCUGUUACUGUCAAUGCGCUAUCAAACUUGCCAAUGAAAACGAAAAGAAAAAGCGACAGCUUGAUUGUGAUCAAUGAUGAUGACCUAGAAACAAAUAAUGAUUCAUGUAUCCUCCUGUCCCCCAGGAGAGACAGCAACUCCCACGUAAACUGUUCCACUCCUAUCGCUAAGCAGGAUAGCCAGACAUUAAAGAAUCAUAUUAUCAGUAAUUUCUAUCCAGUACCGGCACUUCAUGAAAUUCCUCGUCCAGACGAGACUAAAGUAGAUGAUAAACAAAAAUUAUCAAUACGGAUUCAUAUGUUACAAUAGAUUUAACAGCUGAUAGUGAGAAUAGAACUUCUGAUAAUCUUAAUGUGAUAGAUGUAGAUAAAUGUGCAGAUAAAAAUGAUAGCCAAGAUUGUACUCUAGUGUCAGUAUCUAAUGCGAGCUCUAUGAGUGGAGAUUCUGAUGUCACGGUCAUAAGGAAUAAGAAAAAUGCAAACAAUACUCAAGCAAAGACUCUGGCACGAGGUCUGGCACAGUUGAACAUGUCGCAAAAGGAACUGCUACUGAAUAUUAUUGCUCAACAAAUAUUCAGUGGUUGUGAUAUGAAGAAUGGUGCUCAAACUGGCUUGACUUUACAACAUAAGGAAAAUCGUGGAACGGAAACAGAUGAAGAUGCAUACAUAAAAGAAGUGAUUCUAGGAGAAACAAAGUCGAAAGAAGCAAAACUGUGUGUUUCUAGAAACAGUAUAGGCAGCAAUGUGUACAAUCCUCGCAAUGAUCCUAAGAAUAAUACCGGGCUGCGGAUGAUUGUCAUUGAUGGUAGCAAUGUGGCCAUGGAGCAUACACAAGGCAGACAGUUUUCAGUAGAAGGGUUAAAGAUAUGCAUUGACUACUUUGUGAGGCGAGGGCACUCGGUGAAAGCGUUCGUGCCACGAUUUAGGUGCAAAUAUGGCAAGAGUUCGGACCCUAACUUGCUGAACUACCUGGAGCGGCAGGGCCUAGUCGUGUACACUCCGUCCCGGGAGAUCAAGGGCAGGAACUGCGUGCCUUAUGAUGACAGAUACAUACUCCAGUGUGCAGCAGAAUUCGACGGCGUGGUGGUGUCUGGCGAUAAUUACAGGGAUCUUAUAAACGAGAACAAGCGGUGGAGGUAUGUCAUCGAGAACAGGGUUCUACCCUUCACGUGGGUCAACAAUAUGAUCAUGUUCCCCAAGGAUCCCUUCGGACGGGCAGGUCCCACGCUCGAGAUGUUACUCCGGCAUCCAACACCCGUCACACCGCAAAAUACCACAAGUCUAUUAUUCAACUCUUUAUGA